CUGGGAAAGUGUUGGUCAAAACGCUCCGUUUCUAUUCUCUUUACAACUUCAUUUCUAGGCUCCCUUUUGCUUCUCUCUCGCUAUCGCGUUCCGACUCGAGUUGCUUCGCACCACCGUCCUCCUGCUCCUCCAGUCGUCGGCCGCCACGUGUUUCUCGCAAUGGAUGAUGAAAAUUCCAACACCUUUCGACGCAUGUCGAGCCGAACUCGUAAGGUUGCUCCAAGAAUGGUUGCUGCCCUUGCGAGUAGUGAUAACCGCACACAGGCCGCUCUUGCUCGCCUUGAAGCUUUAGAAAAUGACAAUGCGGGAAUGGAAAUGGUUGAAAUUAAUGACGAUGAUGACUCUUCUCUUGACGAUGAAGAUCAAGUAUACACGCAAAAGAGGCAGGCCAAGGGUACAAAACGUAAAACCCGGCAGGCAAAGGCACUUGAGAAUGCCAGGAAAGCCCCGAGAACAUUUCUUGAGCUUUUACAUGAGGCAAACCUGGAAUCAUUGCCUCCGCAUGUUCCCUCCUAUUUGAAGGCAGGUGUGGGACCUCCAAGCUCCACCUCUCGCCGUCAUUUCUGCACUGUUUGUGGAUACGCUGCCAGCUACACAUGUGUGAAGUGUGGGAUGCGUUUUUGUGCACGCCGUUGCCAGAAUAUACACAAUGAUACUCGUUGUCUGAAAUUUGUUGCCUAGAUGGUUGCUGGAACCUUGUUUGGCAGGGUCUUGCAAUUUUCACAUGGUUAUCAAAUGACUACAGCCAAUCCCAAUAAGCUCGAAUUAAUGCAGAUGGUUGUAGUCACAUGUUAGCAGCAAAAUCUACUUCAUGGGUUGUUCAAUUGGAUUUCCUGAAUGGUUAUUUCC